AUGACGGGCGACUGGAGAACAGUCCUCAGGAAUAAUAUUCCGCAGAGAAAGCAGAAGAAUAUCGAAGAGAUUGCAUACGAAGACUCAUUGAGACGACAAAAAUACAAUCGAUAUAUUAGACAACGAGGCAAUGAUAGUGAAAUCGACAAUAAAAGAGACGAUGUUUUAGCAAAUUUGGAUGAUUUGGUCAAAAAUGAUUUGAUUCCUAAUGAAUGGAAAGACACUAUUUUGAAUGAUGUUCAGAAACAAAACGGACCGCCAAUUGAGUGUCCCUUUAGUGACGCCUAUUACUACGGAAUGUCACAGAAGUUUCGCAAAAGUAAUAAAUUCUCGCAAACGCUGUCAUUACGCGAGUGUCUUAUUAAAGCGAUUAAAGUGUCCAAUAAUACUGAAAAUGUUGACAAACUUUUAGACAAUAUAUUAUCUGAAAACGAUUUAGAAAAGGAU